CAAGAAAAGAAAUGCGAUUCGGCGAUGCGCGUCGUCGGCAGCGAUUGUGUCGUCGCGAGGCUUCUCUCGCCACCACGAGGAGGAUAUUUCGCCGAAUAAAUCGAAGGCGUCCGUCCACCCGUUGGAGGAUGAACCUGGAGAGAUUCUCGAACAAUGAGGAGAUGCCUGCGGUAGAACUGAUACGGCUGGAAAAGCCUCUUAAGUUAAUACCUGGUCGUCGUUGCUGACGAAACGUUUUCUUUCCCUUUCAUCGGGGGAUAUCGCGUUCAACCAGUCCACCUUCGACUCGCUCGGAAGAGGUUGGGACUAAUCAUGUCCACUAAGAGGCAUCGCGGGCAAAAAUUAAGCGUAGAUAAUAAAAUAGCACAUGAAGGCCGUAAUAGAUAGAAUGAGCGCAUCUCGGCAAAGCGAAGCGCGUUGCUUCAGUGAAAACUCUCCCAGGCCGCCAGUGCCAGGAGAAGAAACUGGAAGCUAUGGAAGCUAUGUCAGCCGGAUCCGUCCACAGAGCCCCGCUCUGACGCCAAGACGCUCUUCUUUCGCAACACCGCAAGCCUCCGGUGGUGGUUGCGAUGUUUCCGCGCCAUUGGGAUUUGAGCCGGAGGGUUGUUGCGGAACCACUACCAUGGAGGGCAAUUCGCCCCCUGCUUACGCACGGUGGGCGAGAAAUCUGCACUCCCUGUUAGAGGAUCCGGUGGGUUUAGAGCUGUUCAAGAGGUACCUUAGUCAGGAAGGGCAUUUGGAUCCGCUCAACUUCUGGUUCGCCUGCGAGGGCCUCAAAGAGCAGAAGGACAUGGAGAAGAUCUCGCAGUUGGUGAAGCUCAUCUAUCGGAGGUUUUUUCUCAAGUCGCAGCUAAGCAUACCGGAGGAUGUGAUGAAGGAGGCGGAUCGACGGGUCAAGGAAGGCCGCGCCGAUCACAAGGUGUUCGACAUCGUGCAGUUGGAGGUCGAGCGGCUGAUCAACGAGACAACAUAUCCCAACUUUCUUCAAUCUGACGUGUACGUGCAAUACGUUCAGUCCUGCCAGAAUCCCGAUUCCGGCGGUUGCCCGAGCUCGAGCUCGGGCAGCCGCGAGAUGUCCAUCUCCUGCGGACCGAGUCUGCUGCCCACCGUGCACGAAGACAGCGAGUACAUCGGCACCGGUUGUGUACACAUGCACAAUUCGCACUCGACCGGCGGGACGCCCGGGGAAUUGAGAUUGACCAAAGAUGUGCUAAUGGCUACCCAACAGAGUAGAGCGAUGGAUCUACGACCGAGGCCAGAAGCGUACGCCGGCAUUUACUUGCAACAUGGGGCUAGUCCGUAUCACAUGCACGUAUCCAGAUUGCACGCACAAUAUUCCUCCUACAACCCAGUAUCCAGACAGGAUUCCGAGCUUCAGAGUUUGAGCAGUGAUGCACGUACCGAGGUGGACAAUGUCUCCCUCAACAGCGGAUCCAUGGAUGGGACGAGCAAUAGACAGAGGAGCAAGAAGCAAUACAGCAAGCAAUCUAGUAGGGCAAUUAAAGAAUCCGCGAAUAUAAAUCGCGAGUCCAUGGCACAUCAUGUUGUCCCACGAACUCAGCGUAUGGCGUCCCCGAAGCAGAUGACGGCGGAGCAAUUCGCGGAAAUGCUCACGCAGAAAUUGGAGAUCCUGAUACGAGAGCAGAAGGCCCACGAGAAACUGGAGAAAUAUCUGUAUCAAGAGAACGACGUGUCAAAUGGUAACGAUACGUUGGUCGAAACUGGUGGAGCUCCCAAGACUCUCGGUGAUGCGCUGAAAGAAAAGCUGUCUGUAGAGGAGGACAGCGAUCAGGCGAUUCUCGACGAGCAUGUAUCUCGCGUCUGGUCAGAUCAGACACCCUCAAGGUCACCCAGGCUCUCGCCCGAGAGAAGGCGUCCCGCUCACAAUCAUCCACGGCCUUACAAGCAGAGGAAAGAGAAAGAUAUGGACUCCACGUUCUCAGUGGAUAGCGGUAAUAUUCACGACUUCCCCGAGGGUAGCGACCUUGUCGGUGCCGGUUCCAUGAGUUCACUAGGCUCACAUUUGCCCAAAUCUAAAUCUGUGCCAUCAGAUUACUCCGAUUUCCUCCACAAGCAGGACCUGCAUAUUCAAGGCCACGACCAAAGAUUCCGAAGGUCGGACAUGACGAGACGAUCAGCCACGAAAAAGUCAAUGACAGAGCUAACAGAUAGCGGGGUAAGCGUAGUCAGCGACGUGCAACCUUCCAUAAAUAAGGACGUUCGUCUGAUGCCUCGGUUUAAAGAAGACAAGAAGGUUGAUUUGAAGCACAGUAGUCGUCACGGCAAGAGGUACGGCUCGCGUAGUGGGUCUUUGGAAAGGCCAAACAGAGAAACCUGGAGUAUGGGGGUACCUGCUCAACCGUUCGUUGCUGAUCCGGGAAUGCCACCUCUGACACCACCUCACACGGUUAUACAACUGGAGGAGACUUGUAGAAGGCUAAUGGAGGAGAACAAGGCACGCACUAGUUGCAAGCAACGACACAUCAACGUUUCGAAACAGGCGUACGAGUUCGCGUCGCAGAGUCAACCGUACGUCCAAUCCAAUCAGUCCACUUUGAGGAAACCGAAGCAGGACGAUUUCACCACUGUUGUGUUCAGUUUCUGUGACGAGCAAUUCCCUUACAGGACCAAAAUUCCUGGUCACAACGUCACGUUGAAGCAGUUCAAGGAGUAUCUUCCGAAGAAAGGGAGUUAUCGGUACUUUUUCAAAACGGAAUGCGAAGACUUAGAUAUGAAAGUCAUACAAGAGGAGAUAACGGACGAUGCCGAGGUUUUGCCACUGUGGGAGGGCAAAGUGAUGGCGCAGGUUAAGGCGCUUGAAUAAUAGACUGAAUAAAAGGAAACGAAACCGAGCGCGAAAUGCGCGUAUUCUGACCAAGUGCCGCAAUAAAUGUUAUUUAAGAGACCCGCCACUAAGCUGGCAGCCGACGCGCGCUCGGUGUUUAUACAUAUAUACAUAUUAACGCUUGUCACGCGGCCUCUUUCUCAUAAUUGCCUAAGAAAGUAGUUUUAAUCGAUGAAAAAGAUAAAAUAUCGGAGUCGAGCAAUAUCGUUUCGUGCGUGAACGUUGCGGAAAAAUUAAGAAAAGAAAGGCCUCACAUUAAAUUCUGUCGGUCGAAUGUCCUCGAAAGUAUCUCGUAGACUUUGUUGACAUCACAAGUACAGUAACUAUUUCAUUGUGGGUUCUUUUCCGCUCAAAUAUUUUUUAAUAAGACUUGGUUAAGGUGUUACUUUAUCGGCUGAAGUUUCGAAUGCGAGUUUCACUCCCAUGAUGAUUCUUAGAAGAUUUUAUCGGAUCGUAACGCACUGUUUUCUAGCCUCACUGAUAAGGUAGACAAUAACUUGAAUUAAAAAACCAUUUGAGCGGAGAUCAGACCAGAGUGGAAUUAGAGCCGUACUCUUUUCAUUUCCUACUUUUCAUUUUUCAUCAUAUUUAUACUUUCACAUUUAUUCAGAAUAGAGAAAGAGAGAAAGAAAAGAUGUUCGUUUUUUUUUUGGUGAUAAAAUUACUUUGUCAACGAAUUUUGUGCGACGGACAGAUCGCGCGACACAGCGCUCUAUUGUACAUACAUAAUUACUAUGUAGCGAUUUUGAUGACAUUGCUAUGCGUUUUGUCGGUACGGGUUUUGCCAGAUGCGAUUAUUGUUUAUAAUUUCGCCUGGCGCGAUACCACACUUUCACGGGAUAGUUUGGGCGAGAACGGCAACACACAUCGAUAUACCGAAUACAUUGUGACCGACUAAACAAUUUCUUCCUCUCGAAGACUUCCCAUAGUUCCCCACACGACUGUACAAAGGAUCCGCGUAGUUGAUCGCCUUAGCAAGGUCCGCGUAGGCACUAGACUUACAUAGGAAAGGAUAAUUAUUACAAACUAGCAUCUAAUAUAUCGCGUAUGAAAUAUAUUACAUAUAUUUCAUGUAAAUACGAGACGUUGCCUCGUAUAUAAUAUAUGUAAUGUGUCUUUACGUACGCGCGAUACAUUGAAAAGAAAUUGCGAAUCAUGUUUUUUUUCCCGUUGUGCCACUACCGUCACCGUUGCAUUACCGUCACCCAUUCGAUAUUGUGAAAUGAAGUUCACCGAGCGUAGCCUAAUACACGGGGCGAUAUUCGUAGUACGUGUCAACGCGCAGUUGGCAUCGGGACGGCAAACAUCGGUGGAGAAAAGAAGAAAGGAAGAUCAUUAGCGUUUAGAUUGUAAUAACGUUUGUAUCAGGUGCGGAAAUAUGUGCCUUUUUAGCGCAGUAAGGUCGAAAUAAGUCUAAGAGAGAUGGUUAAGAGAUAUUUAUAAAUUGCAAAGUGUACAGGGGCCCAAUCCUGAUAGGAAAAACUUGUGUCCGAUAUUGAAUCCCAAAAUUGUAUCUAUGUCGAUUUAUCGGCGAGUUUAGUUUUUUUAAACUCGUUCAUCGAAACCGAUUGUCGUAUUUUAUUUAACUCUUUCAGUUGUAGAAGUCUGAAUUAUUCAAAUUUUAUCUGUGUUUCACGUGUGAAAUUGUGAGGACUUUAACGUCUCACGUUAAAAUGUUCGAUUGUAUAAAGAUCGCAGUAGCUGUAAGAAUGUAAUCUUUCGUCUUUCGAUUUGGAAGAAAAAGAUGUAUAAAAAUGAGAGCUCUUUUAUCAAUGGAAAAAAAGAAUAAAGCUCGAAACUGAAGGGAUUAAAUUAGAACACACAAUUAUUACAUUGUACAAUGAAUUGCGAAAAAUGCCGGAUGGCCCUCGAUCGAUGAAUUGCGAAAAAUGCCGGAUGGCCUUCGAUCGAUGAUUCGACUUUAUAAUUUGUGCCGGAACUCGCUUCCUACGCGUGAUCCCCGUGGGAAAAUCGAUAAAAAAGAAAAAUCGGAAUAAUAUGCGUACCGUUUAUUUGAAAAUUUGAUCGUGUCUCCGCAAAUCAAUACUGAACGACGACGUGUGCGAUCGAUGACAAUUUUUCAAUUGUACGUUAUUGAUCAUUAUCGAUUAAUAUCACGAACGUUAAAGUGUUCCUGUACCUAAUUAAUUAAUAACGAUUAUUAUUGUAUAUCAAAAAUAUUGAGAAUAAUAACGCGAUUUUCACUGAGAA